GCUGAUAGAUUAUACUAUAUAUAUUAGUGCUCUCUGAAGAGUUUGAACUAUCAUUUAAUGUGUAAACGCUCAGAUAUUAGUAGAAGAAAUUCCUUUUGCUGAUACACAAUAACUUCAGAAGUUCUUUUAUUUGUUCAGCCAUGGAAGCUCCAUCCGAGGCACAUGGUAAACUAGGAGCCUGGAUCACCUUCCCCUUCAUCAUAGCGACAACAGUAGGUUCAAACCUAGCAUUUGGAGGUUUGACGAGCAACCUUAUAGUGUAUCUGAUAAAGGAAUAUGAAGUGGAGAGCAUCGAUGCUGCUCAGAUAUCAAAUCUGGUUAAUGGUGCUGGAAGUUUGAUUCCCGUCGUUGCUGCUAUUAUUGCCGACUCAUUCAUUGGUUGCUACUCUAUCAUCUGGGUUUCAUCCAUCAUCUCUUUAUUGGGCACAAUCCUUUUAGCUUUAACAGCAACACUUGAUUCUUUGAGGCCUAAGCCUUGUGAAGUUGGCUCAACAUCAUGCAGUCCUACACCAAAAGUUCAGUAUGUAGUACUCUAUGCAGCCAUAAUUCUGGCAACUCUGGGGAGUGGUGGUUCUCGAUCAACCCUUUCAACAUUUGGAGCCAAUCAAUUUAAUAAACCAAAGGAUCAAGGGAUUUUCUUCAAUUGGUUCUUUUUCUUCGUGUAUGGUUCUUCUGUAGUAGCAUCCACAGCUGUUGUCUAUGUUGAAGAUAAUGUGAGCUGGAAAAUUGGAUUUUUCAUUUGUGUUGGAGCUAGUGUUCUUGGUUUAGUCAUUUUCCUAAUGGGAAGCAGAUUUUACACUAAUUCUAAGCCAGAAGGUAGUCCAUUCACCAGUUUGGCACGUGUUGUGGUUGCAAGUAUUAGGAAAAGAAAGGAACCACUCCCAUCGAGUGGUGAUGAUUUCUACCAUGGACAUAAUCAUGUUGCACCUAAAGCAAUAGUUGUUCCACCUUCAAGAACCUUCAGGUUCUUAAACCAUGCAGCCAUUAGAAGUGAAGGUGACGUUAAACCAGAUGGCUGUAUAGCUAAACCCUGGAAACUUUGUUCAGUCCAAGAAGUAGAAGAUUUUAAAUCCUUAAUCAGAACCUUACCACUAUGGUCAAGUAGCUUUUUCCUUGGCACAACAAUUGGUGUACAAGCAAGUAUGUCAAUCCUUCAAGCCUUAGCAAUGGACCGUCACGUUGGACCUCAUUUCCAAAUCCCAGCUGGUUCCAUACUCGUUUUUUCCAUGAUCUCUACUGCUCUAUUCCUCACCCUGUUCGACAAAUUUCUUUUUCCCGUGUGGAAGAAGUUGACUGGCAAAUCCCUAACUCCUCUCCGGAGAAUCGGCGUCGGGCACGUGCUCAAUGCUCUGGUCAUGGGCGUCUCGGCCUUAGUCGAGUCGAAGAGGCUAAAGGUAGCAAAAUCGAACAACCUUGAUCAAGGUUAUAAUAUUGUGCCAAUGUCAGUGUUAUGGCUUGUGCCUCAAUUAGCACUUGUUGGCAUUUCAGAGGCAUUUCAUUUUCCUGGACAAGUUGCAUUUUACUAUCAAGAAUUUCCUACAACCUUAAAAAACAUGGCAACUGCGAUGAUUUCGGUGAUUGUUGGGGUCGCAUUUUACUUGACUACUGCUCUAAUUGAUGUAGUUAGAAGGACGACAAAUUGGUUACCAGGUAACAUAAAUAAGGGAAGGCUGGACAAUGUGUAUUGGGUAUUGGUUGUAGGCGGGGUAUUGAACUUUGGUUACUAUGUGACAUGUGCUUGGCUUUACAAAUAUCAAAACCUGGAGGGCGUGGAGCAUAGUGAUUCUCCUUCUGAUGAGUGAUUCACGGGUCAAUAAGAAAAGAAACUUAAUAAUUAAUUAUGAUCAUUGACCUUGAAGUUACUUCACAAUUUAUGAUUAUAUUACGAGUUCGGAAUUCUGUUAUGGGUUAUGACUAUCAAAUGAAAAUAAUUGUUAUUUACAUAUUGAAGAAAGACCAUACCUAACUCAUUUAUGAUUUAUGAAUAUGUAAAACCACUGUUUACGCCUUUUGGUGUUUGUGAAUAAAAUGAGAGGAGUAGUAGU